AUGGUCGCCGACGCUCUGGUCUACCACCCCUCGGUGGCUCACUAUCUACGCUUUGUCGCAACGACCCUCGGCAGAGACAAAGCCCUCCGCACAAUCCAAUACUUCGCCCGCUUCUACUCCUGGUACCUCUUCCGCACCAACAAUCCAACCUCCGCAAUCGCGCCUUGGGACGCCCUAAAAAAACAAUUCGGCACCACCCGCAAAAUCUUGCGGUUUGGCAAGUUCGUCGAGCACAUCAAAGCCGCCUCCGUGGCAUUUGACAACAAGGUCCCCGCAGAUGCCGUGUUGAAGAACCUGACUGUGGGUCGUCAGUUGGGUUAUGCGGGCUAUUUGACGCUAGACUCGAUUACGUUGAUUGAUGCGUUGGGGUUCAAGAAGUUUGAGUCGGCGAAGAAGUUGCAGGAGUAUUCGUAUCGGGCUUGGUUGUCUGGUUUGGUGUGCAGUGUGGUCGCGGGUGUGUAUACCUUGUACCGAUUGCAAGAGCGGGAGAAGGCGGUCGAUAGGAAGGAGGGCGAGGGUGUUGUUGAGGCUAAGAAGAUUGAGCGUGAACGCGUCGCCGCUCGCAUCCAACUCGUCUCUGAUCUCUGCGAUUUGAGCAUCCCCCUCUCGACAUUGGGCUAUGUUAAGCUUGACGAUGGUCUGGUCGGUAUUGCCGGAACCAUCAGUUCUUUGAUCGGUGUGUGGUCCGCCUGGAAGAAGACUGCUUAA